CGAGCGUGUGUUUUUUAUGGCGCGGGGGGGGCGCCGCGCGCGACCCUGCAGCGGCGGGGCGCUCUGGGCUCCAUGUGCCUCUGCGCCGGGCGGGGCACCCCGGAUGGCUCCAACUUCCAGCGGCUGCUGCACUCCGCCCACGACGGGGUCCUCGACCUGGCGGUGCUGGAGGCGGUCCGGAACGACGGCAGCCUGACGCCCCAGGGCACGAUGAAGGAGAUCCAGGGGAUCUGGCGGCAGGUCCGCGCCGACACCUCCAAGCGCCUGCCGCCGAGGGAGGUCCUGGACCUCUGCAGCUUCGUCGUGUGGUCCUCCGAGGCGCUGCGCGGUGGCACGGGCGAGCUCGCCGGCGGGCUGACGGGGGAGCUGCUGAAGGCGGCCACGAGCGCUGACGCCGCCAAGGGCGGCGCGCAGGGGGCGCACGCGGACAGGGUGCUGCGGCAGACUCUGGCGCUGUGGGCUGGGAUCUACAGGCCAAAGGACGCCAGCAAGAAGGACGCCGCCUUGAAGCAGCGGGCGGAGAGCUGCGCCAGGGAGGGCGAGGAGGAGGGCAGGCUGGCCGUCGAGGUGGCCCGUGAGAAGAUGAGGAUGGUUGCUCUCGCGCCUCGGCUUUUGCCGUGCCUUCUGCCGCUGCACGACGACGCCCUGCCCGUGGCUGCCGCGGUCGUGCGCGUGGCCCUGGCGGAGCACCAGCUCCCUGGGCUGGUGCUGCAGGCGCUUCCGCGGGGGGGGGGCGCUUGGGAGGAGAGCCUGGUGCGCUUCGAGACCCUGGUCAAGGCCGUGCUCCACACCGUCGGCAGCGAGUUCGUCACCCACGUGCGCGCCGCUCGGGCGAAGGUGCUCGGAGGGAUGCCGACCCUCCGGAGCGUCAACCCCAAGAGGGAGCCCGAGAAGGCCUCGGCCUUCGCGAGCCAGUACGCCCAGGCGCUCGGGCAGUCCGCGGCCGAGCUGCUCGACGCGUGCGGGCAGCUGCCCGACAACUCCUCUCGUGGCGGCUUCGCCGUUCUCCGCGCCGUCGUGCACGCGCUGCUCUCCGCCCCGGGCGCGGAGCGCCCCGGCGACCCUGGCGAGGGCCUGUCGGCGCACGAGUGGUGCGCCUUCGAGUUUCUGAGAGUCGCCCUGCUCGACCACGCGCGCGCGCCCCAGAAGCCGAAGGGCGCCGCCGACCUGAACGCGCGGGUGCUGCACUCCCUGGUGCUCUCGGCGCAGGGGCCUGCGGCGCACUGGGCCGGCGCGGGCGCGGGCGAGGCACCACCCUGGCGGGGGGAGGAGGACCUGCAGCUGCCGGAGGCGCACCUCGGCGCGGCGCGGCAGGCUGGCGAGGGGGCGAGGGCAGGGACGAGGGCGCUCCUGAGGCAGCUCGCGCUCCUCGGCGACGGCGCUGGGCGCGAGGCUGUCCUGGGAGAGGCCAAUUCGUUCGCGUCGCUGGCGCUCGUGCACCGACAGGCCUCCCGAGACUGCGAAGCCACCUUGGCCGCGAUAGGCUUCGCCGCCAGCGUGGUGCCAGGCCUGCUCGAGCUGACCGCGCCGCGGUGGCUGGGACCGCGGCCGGCGCCCAGCCUCGAGCACGUCCAGCUCGCCUUCGAGGCGCAGCUGCUGCAGGGCACGCAGCGCGCCAGGAGGCGCGACGUCGCGGCAGCCAUCGAGCAGCUCCUCGGGCCGACCUGGGCUGAGGAGGACCACGGCUGGAUGCAGGACUUCCUGCGCCGGUUGAACGAGACCGUGCCUGGCGCGGGCAGCGAGCUGACGUGGCACCAACUCAGUACACUCUACAACCAGGCCCAGCCUCCACGACCAGCCUCGCCCAGCGUAGCGCUGACAGUCGCACCCAGAGACCACACGCAUGAGGAGGAGGGGGAGGAGGUGCAGACGGAGGACGCUCCACGGAUCCUCGUCGCGGCGAGAGCGCAGCAGCAGCAAGAAGAGGAGGAGGACGAAAUGGAGGAGGACCUUGGACUGGGGCCAGUGGUGGUCGGCGCGAUGGACGCCACGUCCGACGACGACAGCGACGGCACCCCCCGCCGCGGCCAGCGCGGCCUCGCCCGAGAGGCGUUGGCGGAGGCCGGCCGCCCGGGGGCCGGUGCGCCGCCAGAGGUGGAAGGUGCGGCUGGCGGCGUGCAGGAGCAGGAGCCGCGGCAGCAGCUCCAGCAGCUGUCCAUGUUCGGGGAGGACUCGCUGACCGACAGCGGCGGCGCCCCUCUCACGCCGCGGUCGGCGAGCGGCGACGUCGCCGAGGCCGCCCAGGCGCUUCCCGCGGACCAGUCAUCGCCGCCUCCCACGGCGCGGCCGCGGGAGCCCGGCCCCGGCCAGGAGACGCCCCCCGCCGCCGCUGGGCCGGCCUCUGGGGACGCCUCCGGCCUCUGGGCCGCCCCUGCGGGCCUGUGGCCGCCCUCGCAGCCGCCGCCGGCCGCCGCAGAGUCGCCGCGGCAGCUGACGCCGGCGGAGUCGCCAGCGCUGCCGGCGGCCAGCGACGGCCCGCUGGCGCUGGCACCAGCAGAGGGAACGGACGACAGCCUGGGGAGGCUGCACUCGUCCGCGGCAGCGUCCCCUGGGCCGGCCCAGCUGCUCGGCACACCCCCGCAGGCGGGCCACUUCGCCAGCCGCGGCGCGCCAGAGGGAGCGCCGCCCUCCUGGGACGCCGUCCACAGGCAGGCCCCCGGGCUCGCCCCCGCCGGCCACGCGGCCGAUGAGGGUCCUCCUGCCGUCGGCGGGCUGGACCAGCUCGGCCACGGGUCGGUGCCGCCGACGGCCACUCUACUCGCGGGCGGUGCCACGUCCGAGGAAAGCUCGCCGCCGCUGCAGCUCGGAACGGAGGCCAGCAACACCAGCGGGAGCAGCGCACUGCUGCAGCAGGACCAUCAGCAGCAGCGGCAGCAGCAGCUGGAGGAAGGGUCACCGCUGCCGCAGCAGGGCGCCGGGGACACGACGGCCGCGACACUGCUGCUGCAGGAGCCUCACGAGGGCUCGCAGGGAGAGCCGCUCGGCCGAUGGCCGAUGGCCGUCGCGGCCUCCCCUGUGGACGGCGCGCCCGUGCAGAGGCUGGAGCACCUCCCGGCCGCGGCUGCGGUCUCUGCCAUAUCCGAGCAGCACUGCACGCCGGGGCAGUCCGACCCGCACGGCGGCACGCCGUGGCCGAGCAAGGCGGAGCUCGGGGAGCUGCAGCGGCGCCCGCCGCCGGCCGAGGACCACCAAGGCUUCGUGGCAGGCGGCGUCGGCAGUCCGGUGGACAGCGUGGGCGCGCUGGCCCCGGCAGCCCUCCUGGCUGAAGGGGACUCGCCGAGAUCUGCGGGCACGAUGCUGACAGAAGCCGGCGGCGAGAGCCGGCCGAGGGUGCCCACGAUGGAGGCGCUCCUGUGGGCCCAGCAGUGGAUGCGCUUCCCCGCGGCCGCCCAGGAGCAGUCGCUGCUCGGGCUGCUGCCGGACUCGCCGCCGGCCGCCGCGCUGCCGCCGCCCGCGCAGCCCGCGGGGCCCGCGCUGGGCGACGGCCACCAGGGAGCGCUCCUCGAGGCAGACCUGUCGGGCAGGACCAGCGAGGGCUCCGCGUGGACCCCGGACUCGCCGGGCGGGCAGGGGCCCGGCGCGGAGGGGCGCCUCGGGCGGGGCGGCGGCCGCCCCGCCCGCGCCGAGGCGAGCGCCGAGCGGCGCCGAGCCUGCGGCGCCGGAGGGGCGUCGGAGGCAUCGGCAUCGGGGUCGGAGGGGCCGAGCGGCUCGGGGAGCCGCGCGGAGGCGUCGGCCGCGGAGGCAGGCGGGGGCCUCGGCCCCGCCGAGGCGUCGGCCGCUGGGGCGGGGGGGCAGCCGCCGCACCCGCAGGCGGACGGCCGUGGAGGCCCGUUCGCGCCGGGCUGGCGCCCGGGCUAUCAUGAGGCGGCGGCCGCUCACGCGUGGAGGUCGUACUGGAGCCAGGUCCAGGGCGCGCCGCACGCGUGGGGCGCCGCUGCCGCCCAGGGGCCCGCGGCGGCUCGCGCCGUGCCGCAGGCGGUGGGGCACGCGGUGCCCGCGCCGGGGGCGCGCGCAGCGCCGCAGGCGGUGGUGCACAGAGCGCUGCCCCACCACGCGGUGCACCCCGCGGCGUGCGCCGCGCCGCACCCGCAGGCCUGGCACGCUGCGGCGCCAGUCUGGUGGCAGAGCGCACCCCAGUACGCGCGCGCGGUGCAGGUCGUGCAGCAGGUGGCGGUGGCCCCCGCGGUGCCCCCGCGGCAGCUGCACCAGCCAAUGCAGCCAAUGCCGCAGCCGCCGCAGCCGCAGCCGCAGCCGCAGCCCUUCGCCGCCGCGCAGGCCCCGGGACCCACCGCGCCCGCGCAGGCGGCGACCCCUGCGGGGGAUGCCACCGCUGCGGCGUCGGCGCAGGCAGAGGCUCCCGGGCCCGUGGCGCCGCGCGCCGAGGGGGCCCAGGCCUGGGAGGACGCGCUGCGCGGCGCGCUGCCGGCGGCGCUGGAGAGGAUCCUGCGCGAGGCGCUGGCUCCUGGGCUGCGAGGGCCUGGCGCGGAGGCGGAGCCGACCGCGCCAGCUGCCUCCGCCGCGGAGCCCGCCGGCCUUGGCGGCGCGGCGAGGGCCGCCGAGGCCCCGCCGGCAGCGCCUGCCGCCGCCGCCCGGCCGCCGGCCGCCGCGGGGUCGCCCGAGCGGCGUCGGCGGCACCGCAGGCCGCCAGUCGACGAGGAGGACGAGGACGACAGCUCCGACUGCAGCUCCGACUGCAGCGCCGGCCCAGCCAGGAGGCGGCCGCGGCGGCGGUCGGGGCGGAGGCUGCAGGCGGUCGAGGCGGAGGCGAGCCGCGCGGAGGCGCGCGCAGUGAUCAGCGAGUUCCGCUCCGCGAGCCAGGCGCUGGCGGGGGAGAUGAAGUUCGCCGCGCAGGCGCUGGGCAUGCUCCAGAGGAUGCAGAUCUCGAGCUCAGCGCCCAGCAGGCGGGAGCCCCCCCACGUGCCCCCGGUCACGCUCGCGGCCAGCCGGCCGGACGACCACAACGACGACCUGCCUCUCCUGGACGCCCCGGCGAAGGACGCGGUCUCGCCUUCCGCCGGCUGCGGCACGGGCGGACGGGGUGGCGGCUGCGGCAGAGGCGGCGCCGCUGCCGCGGAUCCACGGUCGCACUGGCCGCCGCUGGGGCGGGGCGACCCCCGCAGCGGACCGGGCCCGCCGGCGCCGUGGCGGGACUCCUUCGACGUCCCGGCGGCCCUGGACCUCGCGCUGCCGCCGGCGCCAGAGGCCGACGGCGCCGGGGGCGACCCCUGGGUGUCCCUGCACCUCUCCGCGCACGACUGGGAGCUCGGCGGUUCCGCGGCGGAGCCGCGGGCAGGCCUGCGGUCCAGAGGCGCUGGCGCGGCGCUACCGCCGCCGACGCUCGGCACGGCGGCAAGCGCCGGGAGCUCGGGCCUGCGAGGGGUCGCUCCCCCCGGGCCGCGCUGGUUGGACGCGGGGCCCCCGCCGGGAGGCCAGCUGGCGCCCACCUACAACGGGUUCGCCCUCCUCGCCGGGGACCGCUCGCUCGCCCGCAGCGGCCUGUGCCCGCUCCCCGGCCGCGCCCUGCUGGGCCCGGACGGGCUCCGGCGCGGGCGGCAGCCGUCGGCGCCCAAGGCGCAGCAGCGGCGGGCCGAGGCCGUGAAAGGGCAGAUGGCGGCGCUCGACGCGAGGCUGCGUGACCUCAGCGCGCAGUUCGAGCGCUGCGGCCAGCCCGCAAAGUGA